AAUGACGUCGUAACAAUCACGCGCAGAACUUGAAUUUGGUACAUAUUUGCACCAUUGAGCAUGCGCCGACGAACAAAAUUUUAAUGUUCGGCGUUGCAAAUAAACCAUUUGUUUGGCGCAACACUCUAAAACAGCUGAUGAGUAAGUGACGCAUUUUAUCGAAAACGAGAAAUCAAAAUAGUAAUUUUCAAGUGUUGUGUGAUUUAUGUAUGUAUUAAAUUUGUUGAGUUCUACAAAAGUUGUUGAUUGCCACACGUUGUUUAUUAAACUAAUACAAAAUGCUGGGAAGCCGCCGUAACUUAAAAAGCGAACCCCCAAAAAUGGAAAAACGGCCAUCAAAGUACGUUAAACUCACGAAGACAAACGUGGAAACACAAGAUGAAAACCGGUGUGAGAAUUGCGUGUGGCUGGAAGAAAUAUUUGAAACAAAAAUAGAUACGAAAUUUCAGGAAAUAAAAGAUUCAAUAUCACAACUACAUUCAUUCGUAACAGAGGAACUAAAAAAUUCGACCACUCAUCAAAAUACAAGAACUCAACCACGCGACACGCUAAAAGAAUUGGAUGAAAAUAUAGACGAAUCCAACACUAAAAGCUAUGCAAGCACUUUAGUCAAUAUGGUGAAAAAAAUUAUUUCCAGUAAUUUACAGAAAAAUAUUGACUUGAUUUUCGAGCCGGAAUUCAUUUAUGAGUACAACACGGACGGUAGUCAUGGAAAGAAGCGGUUGAAGGACUUCAAGCUGUAUAAAGUCGUCAAAGAUGCCGUUGCAACGUUAUAUGGUGUAGAAGAGGCUGAGGAGAAGAUUCGAAGGGCGAUCCAUCUGUCGAAAAAGCGCUAUUUGAAAAAAAUACUUAUAAGUAAACGAAACCAAAGUGACGAUUAAAGUAGUCUUAUACAGUAACUUACAAAAUUAAGCAUGGAGUGAUUUUUUUACAAUAGUUAUUGAAAUUAUAUCAAACUGUUUAAACAGAGUUUUUAAUUUUUCAUUUCGUAGGUACGCAAUUUAUAGC